AAGCAUCGACUUGGGGGCUCAACAGGCGUGAUAAUGACGACAAAUUGGUUUAUACUAUAUGUACUGGAAUUAUCAGUUUGUUUGCUGUCUGUAGUUUCCCUAGCUGCAACCAUACAAGUAGACCCAUUGAAUAAGGUCAUACUUCUUGAUAUAUCAGAAAGGAACACUGAUAAUGAUGGACCUUGCAUGAACGAUGAUGAUUGUUCAGCAGAUGAGGUUUGUUUCACACCAAUUGGUACAUGUGAGAGCUGUCUGGCAUGGAGCAGCGUAGGUGAUACUCCACAGAAAUGUCAAGACCUUUUUCGUACAAGUGCCCCACCUGUGGUAGAAGCUAGAAACACGUACAGCGGACCAUGUAUAUCAGAGAAAGACUGCCCUCUAGGAGAUUGGUGCUAUAGUCACAUAGGGACAUGCGAGUCUUGCAAGACUCUUGAUAAACAUCCAGAAGAUCAGAAAAUACAUUGUGCUGAUUGGAUCGCUGCCAGAACUUCUAAGGAAGAAGAAAGAAAAACAAGAUUGACGAUUGGCCUGAUAGUUGGAUCGGUAAUUAUUGUUGUCAUUGGUAUCAUUGUUGGUAUCAUUUUUAGGUGUUACAUCUUGCAUAAACCAAAACCUAUUGUAGUACAAGAAGAACAGAUUGACACUGUAUAGAUCAUUAUUAGUUUCAUCUCUGUUGGACUCCUAUACCACAAAACAACAGUUUUGAUACUAAAAUUUUUUGCAACAUGCUCACUUAACAUAAGAAUUGUAUGAUGUUAAUAAGUGGUGAUAGAGUGCAAAAAGUCAUCAAGG